AUGUCUGGUAAACGUGUUAGGUGCUGCUGCUUUGAAAGUGGUGUGCCACACCAGAAUGAAAAGUGCUUGGGCAAAUGCUGUCUCGCCACUCGUUUCCAAGGCGGCUCUGCUUAUCAGGUAUAGUUCACUUAUUUUAUAUCAUUCAAAUAUCCAAUUAAUGGUGGCCAAUACUGAGCGAUAUCGUGAGGCUACCCUCACGUAUCUGAAAUUACAUAAUCAAUUGAUGUUUACUGAUCAUGAAAAGCAUGCAGUUACUUGCUGUAUAACUCUGACGAAAGAGCUAAAUGUGCGCAAUUGUUUUGCACGGAAUAAUAGAACAUGUAGUUCUGACUAUGCUCUUCAAGAGGUGCUGAUAUUAAAACAAAUAGUUAUAAUUUAUUUAACAAUCCCUUGAAAACGGCACACAGUUGGUUUUAGCGGAGCUACCCCUCAGCAUCCAAAGAGCACGCUCUGCACCCCAUUGUGGCAUUUUAUUGAUAACUACCUCUACAGUACACCUGUAAAAGGCUCUGGAGGUUUCAGAGAGGAGCCCAUAUUUCAAUGGAACGAAUGGAGUGAACCAACUCGAUGCACCCUGCCUGUUGUAACAGCACAUAUCCAUUCCUCUCCUCCUCUCCUCUCCUCUCCUCUCCUCUCCUCUCCUCUCCUCUCCUCUCCUCUCCUCUCCUCUCCUCUCCUCUCCUCUCCUCUCCUCUCCUCUCCUCUCCUCUCCUCUCCUCUCCUCUCCUCUCCUCUCUCUUGCUCAUCCAUAUAACAGUCUCUUUAUCACCCAGCAGGUUUCCUUGGAUUCUAACUCCUCCAUGAACUCCAACACGCCAUUGGUCAGGAUCGCCCGCCUGUCAUCCAGCGAUGGACCAAUGCUUGCCAACGUCUCCGAGCUGGAGCUGCCCUCAGAUCCCAAAUGGGAAUUCUCUAGGACGAGGUGAGACAGAGGAAUACCUUAACAUACCUUAGACCAGGUGAGACAGAGGAAUACCUUAACAUACCUUAGACCAGGUGAGACAGAGGAAUACCUUAACAUACCUUAGACCAGGUGAGACAGAGGAAUACCUUAACAUACCUUAGACCAGGUGAGACAGAGGAAUACCUUAACAUACCUUAGACCAGGUGAGACAGAGGAAUACCUUAACAUACCUUAGACCAGGUGAGACAGAGGAAUACCUUAACAUACCUUAGACCAGGUGAGACAGAGGAAUACCUUAACAUACCUUAGACCAGGUGAGACAGAGGAAUACCUUAACAUACCUUAGACCAAGUGAGACAGAGGAAUACCUUAACAUACCUUAGACCAGGUGAGACAGAGGAAUACCUUAACAUACCUUAGACCAGGUGAGACAGAGGAAUACCUUAACAUACCUUAGACCAGGUGAGACAGAGGAAUACCUUAACAUACCUUAGACCAGGUGAGACAGAGGGAGACAUCUUGGAGCGAUACUGUUAACAUGAAUACGUAAGCUAACACUGUAGUAUUCACUAUCAGUGCUGUCUGUUAAAAAAAGACAGAGCUGGGUGGCUUCAGGCAUGUUGUUUAAAUGUUGCAGGAAUGACCAGAUAACAUUUUGGAUCAUUUUCUUGGACCUCCCAGAUAAACACAAUGUGUACCUUCAGAUAAUAUUGUCCCAGAUCAGAUUAAAACAUUGAUCUGGUAGUUUUUUAUCCUUUAACGUGUGUCAUUGUUGUUGUUUCAGCAUACAUGGUUGUGGUUGUGUUGCAGGCUAACUGGUUGUGGUUGUGUUGCAGGCUAACUGGUUGUGGUUGUGUUGCAGGCUAACUGGUUGUGGUUGUGUUUCAGACUAACUGGUUGUGGUUGUGUUGCAGGCUAACUGGUUGUGGUUGUGUUUCAGACUAACUGGUUGUGGUUGUGUUGCAGGCUAACUGGUUGUAGUUCUAUUUCAGGCGAACUUUUUGGGAUUGUCUUUCAGACUAACAUUGGGUAAACCUCUGGGAGAAGGCUGCUUCGGUCAGGUGGUGAUGGCGGAGGCCAUCGGGAUCAACAAGGAGAAACCCAACAAACCACUCGACGUUGCUGUGAAGAUGCUGAAAGGUUAGUGUUAGUACAAGACCACUGUUCAUACCUCCCAGUCCAGAAUACUGUUACCUUUCAAACCACCUCCCAGUCCAGAAUAUUGUUACCUUUCAAACCCCCUCCCAGUCCAGAAUACUGUUACCUUUCAAACCCCCUCCCAGUCCAGAAUACUGUUACCUUUCAAACCCCCUCCCAGUCCAGAAUACUGUUACCUUUCAAACCCCCUCCCAGUCCAGAAUAUUGUUACCUUUCAAACCCCCUCCCAGUCCAGAAUACUGUUACCUUUCAAACCCCCUCCCAGUCCAGAAUACUGUUACCUUUCAAACCCCCUCCCAGUCCAGAAUACUGUUACCUAUCAAACUCCCCUCCCAGUCCACAAAACUGUUAACUUUCAAACCCCCCUAUCUUUGACUGUCCAUUCUCCUCUGAGAGUGAGAAUGGCGCCGGAGAAGAUGGCUGCCGUUUUACAGCCCUCUAACCAAUUGUACUAUUAUGUGUGUUUUUUCUCGUUAUUUGUAAUUUAUUCUGUACAUAAUGUUUCUGCCACCGUCUCUUAUGACCAAAAAGAGCUUCUGGAUAUCAGGACAGCGAUUACUCACCUCGUAUUGGACGAAUACUUUUUCUUCAACAAGUCGGACGUGAAGGAUAUUCUACAGACACCUGACAAGGCCCAAAUCCCCGUCAUUCGCAUGAGAAAGAGACAGAGAUAUCGUGGACGUAGGUCGGGGUGCCUUGGAGGAUCCGACGGCGAGCGAGUAAACUGCCUCUCCCAUCAAUCCUAUUAGCCAAUCUUCAAUCAUUAGAAAAUAAAUUGUACGACCUAAGAUUAUGGUUAUCCUACCAACGGGACAUUGAAAACUGUAAUAUCUUAAGUUUCACCGAGUCGUGUCUGAACGACGACAUGGAACAACAUACAGCUAGCGGGCUAUACGCUUCAUCAGCAGGAUAGAACGGCUGACUCUGGUAAGACAAGGGGUGGCGGUCUGUGUAUAUUUGUAAACAACAGCUGGUGCAUAAAAUCAAAUACUAAGGAAGUCUUGAGGUUUUGCUCGCCUGAGGUAGAUUAUCUCAUGAUAAGCUGUAGACCACACGAUUUACCAAGUGAGUUUUCAUCUAUAUUUUUCGUAGCUGUCGAUUUACCACCACAAACAAUGCUGGCACUAAGAUUGCACUCAAUGAACUGUAUAAGGCCAUAAGUAACAGGAAAACGCUCAUCCAGAGGCAGCGCUCCUAGUGGCCGGGGACUUUAAUGUAGGGAAACUUAAAUCCGUUCUACCUCAUUUCUACAAGCAUGUUAAAUGUGCAACCAGAGGAAAAUAAACUCUAGACCACCUUUACUCCACACACAGAGACGCGUACAAACCUCUCCCUCGCCCUCCAUUUGGCAAAUCUGACCAUAACUCUAUCCUCCUAAUUCCUGUUUAUAAGCAAAAACUAAAGCAGGAAGCACCAGUAACUCGGUUAAUAAGGAAGUGGUCAGAUGACGCAAAUGCUAAGCUACAGGACUGUUUUGCUAGCACAGACUGGAAUAUGUUCCGGGAUUCUUCCGAUAGCAUUGAGGAGUACACCACAUCAGUCACUGGCUUCAUCAAUAAGUGCAUUGAUGACGUCGUCCCCACAGUGACCGUACAUACAUACCCCAACCAGAAGCCAUGGAUUACAGGCAACAUCCGCACUGAGCUAAAGGGGAGAGCUGCCACUUUCAAGGAGCGGGACUCUAACCCGGACGCUUAUAAGAAAUCCCGCUAUGCCCUCCGACGAACCAUCAAACAGGCAAAGAGUCAAUACAGGACUAAGACUGAAUCGUACUACACCGGCUCUGAUGCUCGUCGGAUGUGGCAGGGCUUGAAAACUAUUACAGACUACAAAGGGAAGCACAGCCGCGAGCUGCCCAGUGACACAAGCCUACCAGACGAGCUAAAUCACUUCUAUGCUCGCUUCGAGGCAAGCAACACUGAAGCAUGCAUGAGAGCAUCAGCUGUUCCGGAUGACUAUGUGAUCACGCUCUCCGUAGCCGAUGUGAGUAAGACUUUUAAGCAGGUCAACAUUCACAAGGCCGCAGGGCCAGACGGAUUACCAGGACAUGUACUCCAAGCAUGCGCUGACCAACUGGCAAGUGUCUUCAUUGACAUUUUCAACAUGUCGCUGACUGAGACUGUAAUACCAACAAGUUUCAAGCAGACCACCAUAGUCCCUUUGCCCAAGAACACUAAGAUAAUAAUAAUAAUAAUAUGCCAUUUAGCAGACGCUUUUAUCCAAAGCGACUUACAGUCAUGUGUGCAUAGAUUUUUACAUAUGGGUGGUCCCGGGGAUCGAACCCACGACCCUGGCGUUACAAGCGCCAUGCUCUACCAAUUGAGCUACAGAGGGCCACAUUUAGAUAACCUGCCUAAAUGACUACCGACCCGUAGCACUCACGUCUGUAGCCAUGAAGUGCUUUGAAAGGCUGGUCACGGAUCACAUCAACACCAUUAUCCCAGAAACCCUAGACCCACUCCAAUUUGCAUACCGCCCCAACAGAUCCACAGAUGAUGCAAUCUCUAUUGCACUCCACACUGCCCUUUUCCACCUGGACAAGAGGAACACCUAAGGUGGGGAGAACAAAUAUUUGAUACACUGCCAAUUUUGCAGGUUUUCCUAGUUACAAAGCAUGCAGAGGUCUGUAAUUUUUAUCAUAGGUACACUUCAACUGUGAGAGACGGAAUCUAAAACAAAAAUCCAGAAAAUCACAUUGUAUGAUUUUAGUAAUUAAUUUGCAUUUUAUUGCAUGACAUAAGUAUUUGAUCACCUACCAACCAGUAAGAAUUCCGGCUCUCACAGACCUGUUAGUUUUUCUUUAAGAAGCCCUCCUGUUCUCCACUCAUUACCUGUAUUAACUGCUCCUGUUUGAACUCGUUACCUGUAUAAAAGACACCUGUCCACACACUCAAUCAAACAGACUCCAACCUCUCCACAAUGGCCAAGACCAGAGAGCUGUGUAAGGACAUCAGGGAUAAAAUUGUAGACCUGCACAAGGCUGGGAUGGGCUACAGGACAAUAGGCAAGCAGCUUGGUGAGAAGGCAACAACUGUUGGUGCAAUUAUUAGAAAAUGGAAGAAGUUCAAGAUGACGGUCAAUCACCCUCGGUCUGGGGCUCCAUGCAAGAUCUCACCUCGUGGGGCAUCAAUGAUCAUGAGGAAGGUGAGGGAUCAGCCCAGAACUACAUGGCAGGACCUGGUCAAUGACCUGAAGAGUGCUGGGACCACAGUCUCAAAGAAAACCAUUAGUAACACACUACGCCGUCAUGGAUUAAAAUCCUGCAGCGCACGCAAGGUCCCCCUGCUCAAGCCAGAGCAUGUCCAGGCCCGUCUGAAGUUUGCCAAUGACCAUCUGGAUGAUCCAGAGGAGGAAUGGGAGAAGGUCAUGUGGUCUGAUGAGACAAAAAUAGAGCUUUUUGGUCUAAACUCCACUCGCCGUGUUUGGAGGAAUAAGAAGGAUGAGUACAACCCCAAGAACACCAUCCCAACCGUGAAGCAUGGAGGUGGAAACAUCAUUCUUUGGGGAUGCUUUUCUACAAAGGGGACAGGACAACUGCACCGUAUUGAGGGGAGGAUGGAUGGGGCCAUGUAUCGCGAGAUCUUGGCCAACAACCUCCUUCCCUCAGUAAAAGCAUUGAAGAUGGGUCGUGGCUGGGUCUUCCAGCAUGACAACGACCCGAAACACACAGCCAGGGCAACUAAGGAGUGGCUCCGUAAGAAGCAUCUCAAGGUCCUGGAGUGGCCUAGCCCACUCCAGGAUAGACCCAAUAGAAAAUCUUUGGAGGGAGCUGAAAGUCCGUAUUGCCCAGCGACAGCCCCGAAACCUGAAGGAUCUGGAGAAGGUCUGUAUGGAGGAGUGGGCCAAAAUCCCUGCUGCAGUGUGUGCAAACCUGGUCAAGACCUACAGGAAACGUAUGAUCUCUGUAAUUGAAAACAAAGGUUUCUGUACCAAAUAUUAAGUUCUGCUUUUCUGAUGUAUCAAAUACUUAUGUCAUGCAAUAAAAUGUAAAUUAAUUACUUAAAAAUCAUACAAUGGGAUUUUCUGGAUUUUUAUUUUAGAUUCCAUCUCUCACAGUUGAAGUGUACCUUUGAUAAAAAUUACAGACCUCUACAUGCUUUGUAAGUAGGAAAACCUGCAAAAUCGGCAGUGUAUCAAAUACUUGUUCUCCCCUCAGCGUUCAACACCAUAGUGCCUUGAAAGCGCAUCACUAAGCUAAGGACCCUGGGACUAUACACCUCCCUCUGCAACUGGAUCCUGGACUUCCUGACGGGCCGCCUCCAGGUGGAAAGAUUAGGUAACAACACAUCUGCCACGCUGAUCCUCAACACGGGGGCCCCUCAGGGGUGCUUGCUCAGUCCCCUCCUUUACUCCCUGUUCACCCAUGACUGCAUGGCCAGGCACGACUCCAACACCAUCAUUAAGUUUGCUUACGACAUAGCAGUGGUAGGCCUGAUCACUGACAACGAUGAGACAGCCUAUAGGGAGGAGGUCAGAGACCUGGCCGUGUGGUGCCAGGAUAACAACCUCUCCCUCAACGUGAUCAAGACAAAGGAGAUGAUUGUGGACUACAGGAAAGAAAAGAGGACUGAGCACGCCCCCAUUCUCAUCGACAGGGCUGUAGUGGAACAGGUUGAGAGCUUCAAGUUCCUUGGUGUCCACAUCACCUACAAACUAUCAUUGUCCAAACACACAAAGUCAGUCGUGAAGAGGGCACGACAAAGCCUAUUCCCCCUCAGGUGACUGAAAAGAUUUGGCAUGGGUCCUCAGAUCCUCAAAAAGUUAUACAGCUGCACCAUCGAGAGCAUCCUGACUGGUUGCAUCACUGCAUGGUAUGGCAACUGCUUGGCCUCCGACCGCAAGGCACUACAGAGGGUAGUGAGUACGGCCCAGUACUCCAGCCACCCUAGUUCUCUCUGCUACGUCUAGGUCCAAAAGGCUUCUUAACAGCUUCUACCCCCAAGCCAUAACUCCUGAACAGCUAAUCAUGGCUACCUGGACUAUAUGCAUUGCCCCCCCCCCCACCCCACCCCAACCCAAACCCCUCUUUGACUCUUUUACUCUAUUAUUCAUGUAUAAUCACUUUAACGCUCACCCACAUGUACAUAUUACCUCAAUUACUUCGACUAACCGGUGCCCCCGCACAUUGACUCUGUACCGGUACCCCCUGUAUAUAGCCUCCAUACUGUUAUUUUAUAUUACUUAAAUUAUUUGCUAUUUUUUAUUUUUUACUUAUCUAUUUUUUACUUAACAAUUCUUUGUCUUUUCUUAAAAACUGCAUUGUUGGUUAAGGGGUUGUAAGUAAGCAUUUCACUGAAAGGUCUACACCUGUUGUAUUCGGCGCAUGUGGCAAAUAAAAUUUGAUUUGAUUUGAGUAUCUCUGACUGUCCAUUCUCCUCUGAGAGUGACUGACUAUCUCUGACUGUCCAUUCUCCUCUGAGAGUGACUGACUAUCUCUGACUGUCCAUUCUCCUCUGAGAGUGACUGACUAUCUCUGACUGUCCAUUCUCCUCUGAGAGUGACUGACUAUCUCUGACUGUCCAUUCUCCUCUGAGAGUGACUGACUAUCUCUGACUGUCCAUUCUCCUCUGAGAGUGACUGACUAUCUCUGACUGUCCAUUCUCCUCUGAGAGUGACUGACUAUCUCUGACUGUCCAUUCUCCUCUGAGAGUGACUGGGCUAUCUCUGACUGUCCAUUCUCCUCUGAGAGUGACUGACUAUCUCUGAUGUCCGUUCUCCUCUGAGAGUGACUGACUAUCUCUGACUGUCCCAUUCUCCUCUGAGAGGGGACUGACUAUCUCUGACUGUCCCAUUCUCCUCUGAGAGGGGACUAGACUAUCUCUGACUGUCCAUUUCCUCUGAGAGUGACUGACUAUCUCUGACUGUCCGUUCUCCUCUGAGAGUGACUGACUAUCUCUGACUGUCCAUUCUCCUCUGAGAGUGACUGACUAUCUCUGAUGUCCAUUCUCCUCUGAGAGUGACUGACUUAUCUCUGACUGUCCAUUCUCCUCUGAGAGUGACUGAAUCUCUGACUGUCCAUUCUCCUCUGAGAGUGACUGAGUAUCUCUGACUGUCCGUUCUCCUCUGACAGUGAACUGACUAUCUUGACUGUCCAUUCUCCUCUGAGAGUGACUGACUAUCUCUGACUGUCCCAUUCUCCUCUGAGAGUGGGCUGGACUAUCUCUGACUGUCCAUUCUCCUCUGAGAGUGACUGACUAUCUCUGACUGUCCAUUCUCCUCUGAGAGUGACUGACUAUCUCUGACUGUCCGUUCUCCUCUGAGAGUGACUGACUAUCUCUGACUGUCCGUUCUCCUCUGACAGUGACUGACUAUCUCUGACUGUCCGUUCUCCUCUGAGAGUGACUGACUAUCUCUGACUGUCCAUUUCUCCUCUGAGAGUGACUGACUAUCUUGACUGUCCGUUCUCCUCUGAGAGUGACUGAUAUCUCUGACUGUCCGUUCUCCUCUGACAGUGACUGACUAUCUCUGAUGUCCGUUCUCCUCUGAGAGUGACUGACUAUCUCUGACUGUCCAUUCUCCUUGAGAGUGACUGACUAUCUCUGACUGUCCAUUCUCCUAUGAGAGUGACUGACUAUCUCUGACUGUCCAUUCUCCUCUGAGAGUGACUGACUAUCUCUGACUGUCCAUUCUCCUCUGAGAUAGUAUCCUCUCACUAUCUCCUCUGUAAAUACAUUUAGGAAAUGUCAAUCUGACCUUGAAUCUAAUGUUUACUUCUCUCUCUAUCUCUUCUACUCUCCUCCUCCUCUCGGCUCUCUCUCUCUCUCUCUCUCUCUCCCUCGUCUCUCACUAGCAUAUCCCGCUCGCUCUCUCUCUAUCUCUCGCUCUCAGCUACGCUCUCUACUCUCUCUCUCUCUCUUCUCGCUCUCUCUCUCUCUCUCCGUUCUCUUCUUCCUCACCUCUCUCCAUCAGACGACGCUACAGAUAAGGACCUGUCAGACCUGGUCUCAGAGAUGGAGAUGAUGAAGAUGAUUGGAAAACACAAAAACAUCCUCAACCUGCUGGGAGCAUGUACACAGGAUGGUAAGUUACAACACGUAGAAGGUAUACCACUACUACUAUACUACUACUAUACUAUACCACUACUCAUUUACUAACCAUCAAUACACAACUCAUCAGAACCUCUCACUAGAAUCCAUACAAAGAGGGAAUUAUACCUUUACAGAGAGAGAGAGAGAGAGAGAGAGGAGAGAGAGAGGAGAGGGAGAGGAGAGGAGAGAGAGGAGGAGAGAGGAGAGGAGGAGAGAGAGGGAGAGAGAGAGGAGGGAGGAGGAGGAGAGAGAGAGAGAUUUACUGAAUGACUAUGUACCCUCCCAGAUCCCCUGUAUGUGCUGGUAGAGUAUGCUUCUAAAAGGAACCUGAGGAUUGGGGUUAGAGUUAACAGGGUUAGGGUUAAUAUGGUUAACAGUAUAUACACUCACCGGCCAGUUUAUUAGGUACACCCAUCUAAACUCAGCAAUAAUAGAAACGUCCCUUUUUCAGGACCCUGUCUUUCAAAGAUAAUUUGUAAAAAUCAAAAUAACUUCACAGAUCUUCAUUCUAAAGGGUUUAAACACUGUUUCCAAUGCUUGUUCAAUGAACCAUAAACAAUUAAUGAACAUGCACCUGUGGAACUGUCGUUAAGACACUAACAGCUUACAGACGGUAGGCAAUUAAGGUCACAGUUAUGAAAACUUAGGACACUAAAGAGGCCUUUCUACUGACUCUGAAAACACCAGGCUGAGAGAGGCUGGACUGAGGGCUUGUAGGCCUCACCAUACAUCACCGGCAACAACUAUGGGCACAAACCCACCGUCGCUGGACCAGACAGGACUGGCAAAAAGUGCUCUUCACUGACGAGUCGCGGUUUUCUCUCACCAUGGGGUGAUGGUCGGAUUCGCGUUUAUCGUCGAAGGAAUGAACGUUACACCGAGGCCUGUACUCUGGAGCGGGAUCGAUUUGGAGGUGGAGGGUCCGUCAUGGUCUGGGGCGGUGUGUCACAGCAUCAUCAGACUGAGCUUGUUGUCAUUUCAGGCAAUCUCAACGCUGUGCGUUACAGGGAAGACAUCCUCCUCCCUCAUGUGGUACCCUUCCUGCAGGCUCAUCCUGACAUGACCCACCAGCAUGACAAUGCCACCAGCCAUACUGCUCAUUCUGUGCGUGAUUUCCUGCAAGACAGGAAUGUCAGUGUUCUGCCAUGGCCAGCGAAGAGUCCGGAUCUCAAUCCCAAGAGGGUGAGGGCUAGGGCCAUUCCCCACAGAAAUGUCUGGGAACUUGCAGGUGCCUUGGUGGAAGAGUGGGAUAACAUCUCACAGCAUGAACUGGCAAAUCUGGUGCAGUCCAUGAGGAGGAGAUGCACUGCAGUACUUAAUGCAGCUGGUGGCCACACCAGAUACUGACUGUUACUUUUGAUUUUGACCCACCCCCCUUUGUUCAGGGACACAUUAUUCAAUUUCUGUUAGUCACAUGUCUGUGGAACCUGUUCAGUUUAUGUCUCAGUUGUUGAAUCUUGUUAUGUUCAUACAAAUAUUUACACAUGUUAAGUUUGCUGAAAAUAAACGCAGUUGACAGUGAGAGGACGUUUCUUUUUUUGCUGAGUUUAGUACCGGGUCGGACCCCUUUUGCCUCCAGAACAGCCUGAAUUCUUCGGGGAAAUGAUUCUACAAGGUGUCAGAAACGUUUGUUGCUCAAUUGGUAUCAAUGGACCUAACGUGUGCAUUCCCCACACCAGUACACCACCGCCACCAGCCUGUACCGUUGACACCAGGCAGGAUGGGACCAUGGACUUCACCAAUCGAUCAGCUUUAAUAUUGUGGCUUCCAUCAAUGUAAUUGUCUGCAUCAAUUCCAAUCCCCCAUAUAUUUUGGGGGUAAAUAUAUAAAAUAUAUACAGUACCAGUCAAAAGUUUUAGAACACCUACUUAUUCUUAUUGUAGAAUUCUUAUUCUACAUUGUAGAGAAUUCUUAUUCUACAUUGUAGAAUAAUAGUGAAUACAUCAAAACUAUGAAAUAACACAUAUGGAGUCCAACAAAGUGUUAAACAAAUCAAAAUAUAUUUUAGAUUUUAGAUUCUUCAAAGUAGCCACCCUUUGCCUUGAUGACAGCUUUGCACACUCUUGGCAUUCUCUCAACCAGCUUCAUGAGGAAUGCUUUUCCAACAGUCUUGAAGUUUCCAACUAUGCUGAGCACUUGUUGGCUGCUUUCCCUUCACUCUGCGGUCCAACUCAUCCCAAACCAUCUCAAUUGGGUUGAGGUCGGGUGAUUGUGGAGGCCAGGUCAUCUGAUGCAGCACUCUAUCACUCUCCUUCUUGGUCAAAUAGCCCUUACACAGCCUGGAGGUGUGUUUUGGGUCAUUGUCCUGUUGAAAAACAAAUGACAGUCCCACUAAGCGCAAACCAGAUGGGAUGGCUUAUCGCUGCAGAAUGACAAAGCGAAAACAAGUUUUUCGAAAUGUUUGCUCACAUAAAAAAUACCUUCUAUACAUCACUAUUCAGACCCUUUGUUAUAAGACUCAAAAUUGAGCUCAGGUGUAUCCUGUUUCCAUUGAUCAUCCUUAAGAUGUGUCUCCUCCUUGAUUGGGGUCCACCUGUGGUAAAUUAUAUUGAUUGGACAUGAUUUGGAAAGGCACACACCUGUCUAUAUAAGAUGGGGCGGCAGGUAGCUUAGUGGUUAAGAGCGUUGUGCCAGUAACCGAAAGAUCGCUGGUUCUAAUCCCCGAGCUGACUAGGUGAAAAACCUGUCGAUGUGCCCUUGAGCAAGGCACUUAACACUAAUUGCUCCUGUAAGUCGCUCUGGAUAAGAGCGUCUGCUAAAUGACCAAUUUAUUUAUCCCACAGUUGACAGUGAAUGUCAGAGCAAAAACCAAGCCAUGAGGUCGAAGGAAUUGUCCGUAGAGCUCCGAGACAGGAUUGUGUCGAGGCACAGAUCUGGGGAAGGGUACCAAAACAUUUCUGCAGAAUUGAAGGUCCCUAAGAACACAGUGGCCUCCACCAUCCUUAAAUGGAAGAAGUUGGGAACCACCAUGACUUUUCCAAACUGAGCAAUCGGGGGAGAAGGGCCUUGGUCAGGGAAGUGACCAAGAACCCAGUGGGUUCUAGAGCUCCAGAGUUCCUCUGUGGAGAUAGGAGAACCUUCCAGAAGGACAACCAUCUCUGCAGCACUCCACCAAUCAGGCCUAUAUGGUAGAGUGGCCAGACGGAAGCCACUCCCCAGUAAAAGGCACAUGACAGCCCGCUUGGAGUUUGCCAAAAUGCACCUAAAGACUCUCAGACCAUGAGAAACAAGAUUGUCUGGUCUGAUGAAACCAAGAUUGAACUCUUUGGCCUGAAUGCCAAGUGUCACGUCUGGAGGAAACCUGGCACCAUCCCUACCGCGAAGCAUGGUGGUGGCAGCAUCAUGCUGUGGGGAUGUUUUUCAGUGGCAGGGACUGGGAGACUAGUCAGGAUCGAGGGAAAGAUGAACGGAGCAAAGUACAGGGAGAUCCUUGAUGAAAACCUGCUCCAGAGCACUCAAGACCUCAGACUGGGGCGAAGGUUCGCCUUCCAACAGGACAACGACCCUAAGCACACAGCCAAGACAACGCAGGAGUGGCUUUGGGACAAGCCUCUGAAUGUCCUUGAGUGGCCCAGCCAGAGCCCAGACAUGAACCCGAUCGAACAUCUCUGGAGAAACCUGAAAAUAGCUGUGCAGCAACACUCCCCAAUCAACCUGACAGAGCUUGAGAGGAUCUGCAGAGAAGAAUGGGAGAAACUCCCCAAAUACAGGUGUGCCAAGCUUGUAGUGUCAUACCCAAGAAGAAUCGAUGCUGUAAUCACUGCCAAAGGUGCUUCAACAAAGUACUGAGUAAAGGGUCUGAAUACUUAUGUAAAUGUAUUAUUUUUAUAAAUUUGCAAAAUAUUCUAAAAACCUGUUUUUGCUUUGUCAUUAUGGGGUAUUGUGUGUAGAUUGAUGAGGGGGGGAAACAAUUUAAUAAAUUUUAGAAUAAGGCUGUAACAAAAUGUGGAAAAAGUCAAGGGGUCUGAAUAUUUUCCGAAGGCACUCUAUAUGAGGAAUUUGGAAGUAUAUUUUAGCAAUUACAUUUACUUUUGAUACUUAAGUAUAUUUAAAAUACCAAAUACUUUUAGACAUUUACUCAAGUAGUAUUUUACUGGGUGACUUUCAUUUUACUUGAGUCAUUUUCUAUUAAGGUAUCAUUUACUUUUACUCAAGUAUGAUAAUUGAGUACUUUUUCCACCACUGCCUGUCAGCAACGGGUGUGGCUGAAAUAGCCGAAUCCACUAAUUUGAAGGGGUGUCCACAUACUUUUGUAUAUAUAGUGUAUCUAUAUUAUAUAUUCCCCAGGUCCCCUGUACGUGCUGGUGGAGUAUGCGUCUAAAGGGAACCUGAGGGAGUACCUGAGAGCCCGUCGGCCCCCGGGGAUGGACUACUCCUUCGACACCUGUAAGAUCCCUGACGAGCAGCUCACCUUUAAAGACCUGGUGUCCUGUGCCUACCAGGUGGCACGAGGCAUGGAGUACCUGGCCUCACAGAAGGUGGGUGGCAUACUGGUCAUGGUAGGGUUGCAAAAAUCUUUACUUUCUCCAAAUUCCUGGGUUUUCCAGAAAUCCUGGUAGGACUAUUCCAGAAUUCCUGCUUAUUCCAUCCUGAUUCCAUGAAUCUUCAAACCGGGAUUUCUGGAAAAACUUGGAAUUUUGGAAAAGUUUGUGGAAUUUUGCACCCUAGUUGCAUUCCAUCAUUGGUUACUCUGAGAGUACCUCAUUUUGACAUUGGCUCCGGCCUCAGGCCCUAUGGUGCUAACCUUGGAAAAGUAAUUCCAAUUUCUUCUCCUUCCUCUAUUACUGAUAGGGAUAGAUCAAAUGUGACUCAUUUCAAGAAACUAGGCGUAUGUCGCGCGUCACUACUUCACAGGAGUGCCAUUUGAACUUAACUUUUUUGGCAGAAAUGCCUUCUGGAACAUGUGAACUUUCAUGUGCCUUAAUAACAAACUUGUAUGCCAUCUGUAAAUACGAAUAAAAUGGUUAGAUUACGAGCCUAGUUGGUUUAGCCAUGGAAAAAGACAGCAACCUUCCCGCUAGCCAUGAUUGGCUGAGAUAUUGAGUGGGCUGGACAUGCCAAGAGAUGAGUUCGGAUUGCACUGCCAUGUAGCGCGCUUCUGUCUAUAAUAUGAGCUGGUCAGUAUGUGUUGGUAAUCCUUUCUAACGUAGCUUCUUUGAAAGAUAUCACGUAGUAGAACUGCAUAAGUGUUGCUCUCCACUUUCCUGGAAGACCAAGUUUUGA